GAGGCCCCGCCCCGGAACUGCGGUCGAGGCUGCAGCUGAGGCACUGCUGUGGCGGCUUCUGAAGCGGCUGACCCGCGCGUGAGGUAGCUGCGGCCCGUCCCCACGCGCAACCAUGAAGUUGAAGGAGACAAAAUCAAGGCCAAAGCCACCAAGCCGUGGCAAAUUUCAGACCAAAGGCAUCAAAGUUUUGGGGAAAUGGAAGCAGGUGAAGAUUGACCCAAACAUGUUUGCAGAUGGACAGAUGGAUGAUUUGGUGUGCUUUGAGGAACUGACAGACUACCGGUUGGUCUCUCCUGCCAAGAAUCCCUCCAAUCUCUUCUCAAAGGAGGAGCCCAAGAAGAGAAAGGUACAGGCUGGUUUAGAAGAAGAGGAAGGAGAGUCUAGUUCUCCAAAGAAAAAGAUCAAAUUGAAGAAGAGUAAAGAUGUGGUACCAGUUACUGAAGGAGCUAUUACUACCCAGAAAGAGUUUGAAGUCAACAAUGCUGAGCGAGAACCCCAGGGAGAUGACACUGUUUGUCCUGAUUCAGAGGUAGGGGUGAUGGCAUCCAGAAACCUGGUACAGACUGUUCCGAAAAAGAAGAAAAACAAAGGGAAAAAAAUAUUAGAGCCUUCCCAGAGCAUUGCCCCCAAGGUACCCAAAAAAGCAAAGACAUGGAUGCCUGAGGUGCAUGACCAGAAGGCAGAUGUAUCAGCUUGGAAGGACCUGUUUGUGCCCAAGUCAGUUCUCCGGGCACUCAGCUUUCUAGGCUUUUCUGCACCCACACCAAUCCAAGCUCUGACCUUGGUACCUGCCAUCCGUGACAGACUGGACAUCCUUGGGGCUGCUGAGACAGGAAGUGGGAAAACUCUUGCCUUUGCCAUCCCAAUGAUUCAUGCAGUGUUGCAGUGGCAGAAGAGGAAACCUUCACUCAUCCCGAGUAACACUAGACUUCCACUUGGAGAGACCGGGUCUUCAGCUGGAGCUGAGACUGGGUCACCAAGCAAGGCCACUACAGGGACUGGAAUGUUGCUUGAUGAGACUGUAAUUGAGAGUGAAGCACUACUCCCUGAGGCUGGAGCUGAGGUCAGAGGCGAGAUCAGUGCCUCAAUCUCUGACCAGGCACUGUUCCGUGAUGAUGAUGCUGGUGAAGGGCCUUCUUCCUUGAUCACAGAGAAGGCUGUCCCCAAACAGAAUGAGGACAAAGAGGAGGAGCAGACUGGAAAGGUAAAACAGGAGUUGGUGGAUGGCAACAUUGCUCCCUGUAAAUCACAUCCAAAGCAUCCUCUGCUUGGCCUGGUUUUGACUCCCACUCGAGAGCUGGCUGUCCAAGUCAAACAGCAUAUCGAUGCUGUGGCCAAGUUUACAGGAAUUAAAACUGCUAUUUUGGUUGGUGGAAUGUCUGCACAGAAACAGCAGAGGAUGCUGAACCGCCAUCCUGAGAUUGUGGUGGCCACUCCAGGUCGGCUGUGGGAGCUAGUUAAAGAAAGGCACUCUCAUUUGAGCAACCUUCGGCAGCUGAGGUGCCUGGUAGUGGAUGAGGCUGACCGAAUGGUUGAGAAAGGUCAUUUUGCUGAACUCUCACAGCUGCUAGAGAUGCUUAAUGACUCCCAGUACAAUCCAAAGAGACAGACACUUGUUUUUUCUGCCACUCUGACACUGGUACAUCAAGCUCCAACUCGAAUCCUUCAUAAGAAGCACAUCAAAAAAAUGGACAAAACUGCCAAACUUGACCUCCUCAUGCAGAAGAUUGGCAUGAGGGGCAAGCCAAAAGUCAUUGAUCUCACAACGAAUGAGGGUACAGUUGAGACACUGACGGAGACCAAGAUCCAUUGUGAGACAGAUGAGAAAGACUUGUAUCUGUACUACUUCCUGAUGCAGUAUCCAGGUCGCAGCUUAGUGUUUGCCAACAGCAUCUCCUGCAUCAAAAGGCUCUCUGGGCUCCUCAAAGUCCUGGAUAUCAUGCCACUGACCCUGCAUGCCUGCAUGCACCAGAAACAGAGGCUCAGAAACCUGGAGCAGUUUGCCCGUCUGGAAGACUGUGUUCUCUUGGCAACAGAUGUGGCAGCCCGGGGUCUGGAUAUUCCUAAAGUCCAGCAUGUCAUCCAUUACCAGGUCCCUCGCACCUCAGAGAUUUAUAUCCACCGAAGCGGACGAACUGCUCGGGCCACAAGUGAAGGCCUCAGCCUGAUGCUGAUUGGGCCUGAGGAUGUGAUCAACUUUAAGAAGAUUUACAAAACCCUCAAGAAAGAUGAGGACAUCCCACUGUUCCCUGUGCAGACGAAAUACAUGGAUGUAGUCAAGGAGCGAAUUCGUCUAGCUCGACAGAUUGAGAAAGCUGAGUACCGGAACUUUCAGGCUUGUCUGCACAACUCUUGGAUUGAGCAGGCAGCAGCUGCCCUGGAGAUUGAGCUGGAAGAAGAGAUGUAUAAAGGAGGAAAAGCUGACCAGCAAGAAGAGCGCAGACGACAAAAGCAGAUGAAAGUCCUGAAGAAGGAGCUGCGUCACCUGCUUUCCCAGCCAUUGUUCAAAGAGGACCUGAAAACCAAGUAUCCCACUCAGUCUGGGAGACUGCCCCAGCUCACGGCUGCCCCGAGGACUGGGGAGUCGGCCCUGAGCUGCCUCUCCAAACAGAAGAAGAAGAAGCGGCCAAAAGAGGAGCAGCAAGGAUUUCUGCAGCCAAGUACAAGUGCAGAUUAACUGCCCCUGGUCAGUGUUGGGGUCUGUUCUCUGGUUAUAUGUGAAAAGCUUCUUCCCACCCUGUGCUUCACUCCCCUGAGAACCCAUUAGGAAAAUUUACUGCUCUUCCCCCUUAGGAGGGACCUCUUGCAGGUUUAUGUUGUUUUGGAGUAAAUCCUACACAGUAGCUUGUUCUGUAUUCCAGUGCUUACAGGCUUCUUAUGUGUUCAGCUUGAUUUCCUGAAUUAAAAACAAUGGUUAGA